AUGGGUCUCUUCAAGUCUGCGACUAUAACCCUCCUCGCCGUUGGAGCUCACGCUCUUCCCCAGGCCGUGACUCCAACAGCUGAUGCCCCGGCGGCAGCAGAAACAUACACCGCGAAUCCCAACAUCGGCCCUGGCGGCUCCAACUUCAAGGACUCGGCGCACUUCCGCAUCUACGCCGGUUCCGCCGAUGCAACUGCCCAAGCAAUUGAUAUGCUCGAAGCAGCAUAUGAGUGCUUCGUCGGAACGCUGAAAUGGCGAUCUCCCGGUCUUUCGUUCAACGAUGAAGCUGAUACUGGUCCUCGGUACAAGACUAAUGUCUACAGUGUUGGUGAUUUGUCCAAUGCGGCGGGUGUGAUGCACAGUGAUCAAGCAACGGGCAUGGCGUAUCUUGAGGUCGUUGAUCAGUAUCUUGCUGUUCCAGGCGUUACUGUUCAUGAGUACGGACAUGGAAUGCAUUAUCAUCAAAAAGCUUGGGUUGACCAGGGUCGAACCGGUGCUUGGUGGGAGACUCUCGCCAACUGGGUCGCUGAUACGUACAAGACCUCCGAUAUCUGCGCCCCCGCCCGAAAGAACCAUAAUCAGGAGACUUCACCUACUGAGAUCGAGCUUAAGAAGGUCCUCGGUGACUCUCACCAGGUUAUUGUCGAUGGAUCUGUCGAUACUGGUAAUUACUACCAAGCUUGGCCUUUCCUUGCUUACUUGACCUAUAACCCCGAUGAUUUCGCUGGUCUGGGUCAAGAUACCAUUCGACAGCUUCAGUUGCAGUACGAGAAGGAUAGCAACGAGACUCCUCUUCACACUCUUGCUCGCGUUUCGCAAAACGCUACAGUUGGCGACAUCGUCGGUCGCUACUGGGCUCGCAUGGCCUACGUCGACAUCGGCCAUCCUACCGCCCAAGAGGUCUUCUUCCAGCAACGUGCAGAGAUCAGCUUCGCCAACAUGGAAGCUGCCGGUACUGGAUCUUACAAGCCCAAGGCUGAUCGUCAACCUCGCUACAUGGGUGCCAACAUCAUCCCUCUCCAAGUCACUGGUACCCAACUCGAGGUCAAGGUUUCUGCCGAUGCUGAGUUCGUCGCCACUGUUGCUAUCUACCGCAAGGGCGGCGAGUCUUCUUACGUUACGCUAAAGGAUGGAGCUGGUACUGUUUCCGUUCAAGCUGGCGAGGAUGUUAGUGUUGUUGUUGCCAAUGCUCCUGCUAAGCCUAUUCUGUAUGAUGGCUUUAACCUCAGCCCCGAGGUUUCUAAGGGUCUUGAUUAUACUAUUAGCAUUACCGGUGCUACUGUUAAUGCCUGA